ACCCUUCCAAAUGGUUCCGGAAACUUCCGGUGCCCUCUGUUCCUCUUUCGGCACAAAUCCACUAGAAAUGGAAAGCUACGUAGCCGGAUAACUUUUGUGUUGUUUUAUUUAUUGAAUAAACCCACUUGAUGUCGAAGAUAUGGAAUCCAAAAUAAAAUAGCAGUGCACAACUUUUAUUUACAUUACUGCAGGGCUCCAUCACGUAGAAGCGGCCACCACCGAAAUGACCAACCUGAACUGGAAACCGUUCAUCUACGGAGGGAUGGCCUCUAUUGUCGCAGAAUUCGGUACAUUCCCCAUAGACCUGACUAAGACGCGGCUGCAGGUGCAGGGCCAGUCCCAGUACAUGGAGGUGCGCUACCGGGGCAUGUUCCACGCCCUGUUCAAGAUCGGCAAGGAGGAAGGCAUCAAGGCACUGUACUCUGGCAUCUCCCCAGCUCUCCUGAGGCAAGCCUCCUACGGGACCAUCAAGAUUGGGACAUACAACACACUGAAGAGGUUAUUUGUGACCCAUCCGGAAGAUGAGACCAUGGUGAUCAAUGUGUUCUGUGGAGUGGUGUCUGGAGUCUUGUCCUCCUCUCUGGCCAACCCCACUGAUGUCGUCAAGAUCCGUAUGCAGGCACAGGGCAGUCUGUUACAAGGCAGUAUGAUGUCCAACUUCAUUAGCAUCUACCAGACAGAGGGAACCCGUGGCCUGUGGAGGGGCGUCAUCCCUACAGCUCAGCGGGCAGCCAUCGUAGUGGGAGUGGAGCUUCCUGUCUAUGACAUCACUAAGAAGCACCUCAUCAAGUCUGGCACCAUGGGAGACACCAUACUCACACACUUUAUUUCCAGUUUUAUGUGUGGCCUGGCGGGGGCGCUAGCCUCCAACCCAGUGGACGUAGUGCGGACACGUAUGAUGAACCAGCGAGUGCUGUCAGGGAACCCCAUGUAUAAAGGCACGCUGGACGGAGUAAUGCAGACAUGGAAGAACGAGGGAUUCUUUGCCCUCUACAAGGGCUUCUGGCCCAACUGGCUGCGUCUGGGGCCAUGGAACAUCAUUUUCUUCAUCACGUUCGAGCAGCUGAAGAAACUCAACUUGUAGUUGGAACAGGAAGUGGACACUCCGUCGGAUUAGAUGCAGGGAUGGGCAACUCCAGUCCUCGGAGGCCGGAGUGUUGUCCCACUUCUUCCCCAUCCCUAGAAAACACAACUGAUUAAGGCCAGGCACCAUACCCUAUUGGGGAUUUAAAAAAGAAAUCUUAAUCAUAUAACAAUCAACUUUUCCUAGUUGAAUGUAGACAAAGUUUUGUAUAAAUGUUUGAAAUAUUAAGAUAUGCAAAUGAGGUAAUAAGUAUACAUAUUUGCAUACCAUACAAAUUCAUUUUUUAUAGAUGCUGGAUGAAUUCUGCCUAGACGUUUGUUUCAGAUUAAGACACUCCAGGACCGGACUUGUCCAGAGCAGAUUCUGGAUAAACUUUGUAUCUUUAAAAUACUAAAGACUAUAGUAAAACAUUUAAAAAAAUGUUAUCUAGAAUUUAAAAAAGUUACAUCAACAAUUCCCCCUGGGCAAGUCUGGAGAAUGUAUCUAAGGAUAACUACACACAAUUCAAAAGCAGAUGCUUCUGAAGCUGAGAAAAACAAGUUGGCGGUGUGGUGCCUGGCCUUAAACUGAAGAUCAUGAUUAGUUGAUUAUUGGAGUCCAGUGUGUUAGCUUGGGCUUAGGUGUGACAACAAUCAGGCCCCCGAGGACUGGAGUUGCCCAUUACUGGUCUAUAGUGUGUUGGAGAGCGGGAAACCCCACAACACCCCAGCCCACGUGUCAAACUCAUUCCACGGAGGGCCGAGUGUCCAGGUUUUCGCUUCUCCCUUGUACUUGAUUGAUGAAUUAAGGUCACUAAUUAGUAAAGAACUCCUCACACCUGGUUGUCUAGGUCUUAUUUGAAAGGAAAAACAAAAACCACUAGGCCAGAGUUAUUCAACUCUUACUCUACGAGCCUGCUGGUUUUCUGUUCUACCUGAUAAUUAAUUGCACACACCUGGUAUCUCAGGUCUAAAUCAGUCCCUGAUUAGAGGGGAACUAUGAAAAAUGCAGUGGAACUGGCUUUGAGGUCUAGAGUUGAGUUUGAAAACACUAGGCCCUGCAUGGAAUGAGUUUGACGCCUCAGCCCUUCGUCCUUGUUACAUUCACAAUCCCUCCCUCUGUCACACAAUCUAUAUGUCUGUGCAUGCUCAUCUAAGUGUUAUUUUAGUUUUAUUUGAACUUUUAAUAAUAUUGAUAGUAUAAAAAAACAAACAUUUAAAGUUAUUAGUUGUAUUAUGUUUUUUAAAACACUUAUUCAUACCCCUCAACCACCCUUGAGGCCUCUCCUGGCAGCUAAACAUUAGGUUGUAGCUGAGGACGGAAGCCUGUUUGGGCCAAUAGGUAUUAGCUAGGUAUGUUGCCUGCCAACUUGCUACCUUCUUAGUGAGGAGGAGGACUAUCCUGGGUGGAAUGGGAACUGGAGAUCUACUUGAGCUUAUUUAGAGAGAUGUGGAAUGGGCCUCUGAUUGUGUCUGACCUAGUUUUUAACCGCAUCUCUGCUCUGCAUGGGACAUGCAGGUAAAAGACAAAGGUUUUGUGUCAUUUCAGCCAGAAAGUAGUGCUCACGAGCCAAAACUGGUUCUGAAAAUUGUGCACAGUUGUGUAAAGUCAACUAUUUUGUACAUGUUCCGUCCUGAAAUUUAAAACAAAUAAAUCUUCCUACAAUUCGUAUGAUAUGUUACGUAUUCCAAUUCGUACAAUAUGUUACAAAUGUAAAGAUCUGGUUCAAUCUCUUUAAAUGUUUAGAAUUGUAGUUUUGCCAUUCUGAUCUGACAUUUGAAUAAUCUAUUCACUGUUUUGGGCAACACUAGCUAGCAGAGGAUGCAUGAUGGGUUAACUGGGUUUUUAUUGUCAAAUCAUUUAUUCUCAAUGACUUACCUUUUUAAUAAAAGGUUACAAUAGAUUCUGUUUAGUCUGUUAGAGGAACUCAGGACAAAGCUGAGACUGUAUCUGUAUGGCCAAUAAGAUGGGAUUGGGGACUCUUUUGUCAUUACUUGAAUGCGGUCUGUUGUUGAGCCAAAGCCACCAGUUGUUCCCCGAAGAGUGACUGCUUUCUGUGCAUGUAUACCUGAAUACCUGAUAAGUUGUUGGCGCACGCACAAAUUCUACUGUAAAAAACAUGUCACUUUUUUGUCAGAAGGUAGUAGAACUAUUGAAAGGUUUUAGAUUGUUAUUUUCCUUUGCCCUCUCCAAGUCCCCUGACCUCUGUGUGAAACAGAGUUCUGUUUUUUCUUGUCCAGAACAGGCAUUGCAGUGGAAGCAAUUAGGACAUUUCUUGGACCUGCCUGGUUGUCAUGGUGAUUCCCAUAAAAGUACAUUAUGUACAGAGAGACACACAUGUGAAGGUGGAUACACCAUAUUGUGACAGGCAUGUCUAGCUUGUACAUAAAGCUACUUCAGAGUACUUGCUUUUUGUUUCUAUUUUGAGGUUUGCGUAAAGCCCUGAAUAGAAAUGGCCUGGAGUACUAGGAUAUGGGGGCCGCAGUGCCAAAGUGUGCAUGUACUGUACUGCACCGUUGUUGUAAAGCUCUGUCCCUGAAUAGGUCUGAACUGCACUGUUAUAUACUUACUCCAGCCUUACACUUUACUUUCAUAAUGUUUAUAAUUUCUAUGAUGCCUCUUUCUGUGCCUCUGCCUCAUGUCCCAUGGUCAUGUUGAGUUGUGUUUUAUUAGAAUGACAAGUUUUGUUGUAGCAUUUCCAGAUCAUGUAUAUGGAUGUUAGGUGUGAGAGAUGUGGGUGUUAUGUACUGUGUAAUUAAUUGAAACCAACAUCCUGUUUUCUUUAGGUUUGAUUUUUACAGUUCAUGCUUACGGGCGGCAGAUGGCCUAGCGGUUAGUGUUCGGUCAGUGACUGAAAGGUUGCUAGUUCAAAGCCCUGAGCCAACAAGUUGAAAAAUGUGUCUGUGCCCUUGAGCAAGGAACUUAGCCCUAAUUGCUCCAUGAUCGCCGUUGAUAAUGGCAGACCCUGACCGUGACUCCACUCUCCAAGGGUGUCUGAGGGGGAGUUGGGAGAUGAAAAAAAAAAACAAUCACAAAUGCGUAUGAAUACAAACUUGUACAUGUAUGAAAUAGGACAAUUAUAAGCAUUCAGUUGUU